GGUCUAGUGCUCCGUUAAAAACGAAAAUGCCAUAAGCCGAUAUAAAAGCUGCCACAUCGUUAGCUAUCAAUAGCAGUCUAGUUUGCUGCUCGUAGUGAUAGUUACCGGUUGCUUUGCACGAACAAUUAACAACUCCCACUCGAUAUGAAGUCAUUUGGUGUGAUAUUGAUGAUCAUCUGCUCGAUAGCCGCCUCGAUGGCGGCUGUGGCUCUGCAACCAAACGCAACUCAUUCAGAGCAUCCAGGAAAGUGCUACCACGAAGAAUCAAAAACGGCGUUGAGUCCCGGCGAAGCUAAAUCUCUACCAGGGAGAUGCAUAGAAAUCACUUGCCUCGAAAAUUAUGCACUGUAUUUCAAAAGUUGUGGAGUUUACUUACUUGAUGAUCCAAGUUGUGAGGAAAUUGGGAUGGACCUAAGCAAACACUACCCGGAGUGCUGCAAGAAGUACAAGUGUAUAAUAAAUGGAAAGGUUACUUAUUCUUGAAUUUAUGUGCCAUAAAAACAAUAAAUAGAGAAUAAU